UUUUGUUUAUUUGGCGCCCGCAGUGAACAGUGCUGCCCCUCUGUUUAUAUUUUACUCUCGCUCUCUCUGGCUCUCUCCCACUCUUUCACAGUGAUGUUUAAAGAUUUUUAGCUUUUUCGGCAACUGGUCACAUUGACUAAAUUCCAUUUGUUUUUAUAGACCAUACGCAAAUCUCGCCAAGGAUUUGUGUUUUAGUUUAAUAACGAAAUCGACCAAACUUUAAGAAGUUUGGAAUUGACAAGGCAUUCAAUUGCAUCAUACCGAUUCUUCCCUUGACAAUUAAAACAAAAUGGUUGUUGGAUUCCUAGUACGCGGUGGCCUGGUGGCUGGAGCUGUUUACUACACACGCAAAGCUGGCAUCUGGGGCAGCACAGAGGAAACGGAAAAGCUAUACAACAAUGUGAAGAACCAACUGUGCCCAUAUGUGCAGCAGGUCCAAAAGAAACUGCCAUUCGAGGUGCCACAACUACCCAAAACGGGCGAGAUGCGAUUCCUGGCAAAACACUAUUACAAUGAGGGCGUUAAGAGCUCAUUCCGUUUCAUUCACAUGUUGCCCUGCUAUGCCGGACGAGGCCUUAAGAAGGUAAAGGACACAUUUGAGGAUUUCGCGAAAUCACCAGCUGGUGGCCAGGAGGCAUCGACGGCGACGGCGGUAGCAGUUAAACAGCAGCAAUAAGGGGAAUGGGGGGAGGCUAUUUCAAAUUGGGAGGCUUGUUUCAUGUUAGUCUAUAGUUCGAUCCAAUUGAAUAUGUUAAUUAAUCCUACCUUCCUUAUUCAACUGCCCGCACCCACACACACACACACACACAGACACACACACAAUGCAUCGGGCAUUGUACUAGAAAUAAACAAAUUUAUGUGUUAAGCGUGAAAGUAUCACCAAAAAACCAAAAAAAAAAAACAACUAAUUUACUUAUGCUGAUAUGAUUUAGAAUCUAGAUGGCUUUCUCUCUCUCUCUCGCGCUCUCUCAGUCUUAUUUAUGCAUGUUUUGGUUGUAAAUUUAUUUAGAUCCUCCUACUACCGACGUUGGCACUUGAUCAAACAAUGUCACAAAGUACUCCAAGUCAUAGUCUUUGAUUUAUACUCUUUCUCUUUCCUCCAUCUGCUUGUUGGCUUUGCUAUUUACCUUUGUGCUGCCGGGCACGUGAAUAAAAGACGACCUGUUGCCAAGUUUCACACGCCCACGCCCACUCUUUGACUCCUCUCUCUCUCUCUCGCUCUAUCUAGAUAAUAACCAGAAAUUAUUGCUGUAAACAUUAAGAGGACCAUGUUCAAAGAUUGUCAAUUACUAUAUAAAAUGACAGAGUUUUUGCCUCUUUGAAGAUAAAAGGCAAAAAAAGAGCAAUAAAUAAAACGUAACAUUUGA